AUGGCUCUGACCGCUUCUAUGGCUCUUGCCUCCUUUGCAAUGCUCACGGAUUCUAGCUACAUGGAGGUACGGAUUAGCUCGCUAGAGGAGGUGUUGAUUGCUCGUGGGAAGGCAGUUGUACACAUCCAUAAACUUUCCCACCGCAGCGAUACAGCUGGACAAUUGGCCAUGCAGUUGAUCAGCAACGGGGGCCUCCGCGUUCUUCGAACAUGGGGUCGUGCCGACGGAGCUGUGAUGCAAGGCAGCCCAUUGCCGAAGGUACUCCUCGGCCCCAGGCUUGUGCUCCUCUGUUCUUGGAACAUGGGGUCGUGCCGACGGCGCUCUGAUGCAGGACAGGAAGUGUUUUCGUCAUCGUGCCGACGAAGUUGUGCAGGGCCAAGCCGAAAGUACUUCUCGGCCCCUGGCUUGUGCAAAACGGCCCCAUUGAAAAAAGUCGAUGCGUUGAGCAAUGUGCCAAGAGGGCUCCACAGAAUGGCGCUGCUUUAUCUCUGGGUCAUGCAAGGGAUGAGCAACGGGGGCCUCCUCUGCUCUGAGAGCAUGGGUCGUGCCGACGGCGCUCUGACGCAGGACAGGAAGUGCUCUCGACAUCGUGCCGACGGUGCUGUGCAAGGGUCCAUCCAAAGCCGAAAGUACUUCUCGGCCCUUGGCUUGUGCAAAACGGCUCCAUUUUGGGUAGCCGAGCGUUGCGCAAUUUGCCAAGAGGCUGCUAGGCAGAAUGGCGCCGCUUUAUUUCUGGAUCAUGCGUGGGAUGAGCAACGGGGGCCUCCUCUGUUCUCGGAACAUGGGGUCGUGCCGACGGCGCUCUGA